CCGUACCCAGCGUCGUCGUCCCCCUCGAUGCCGGACCCGACACGCAGCCCGGCGAUGGCGGCGCUGCCGAGCAGAGGCGUCGGACCCCUGUUCAUGACCAGCGGCGACGGACAAUCGGGGCCGGGACCCGCCGCCGUUCCCGUGGAUGCCGAGCUCUCGGAACCGGCGGCAGCAGGGGGCGGAGCCAGAGAGGGCGGGACUGAAGACGCGGUUGGGGACCCGGCCACACGAGCUGCGCUGAAGCAAAAGCUCCUCAGAAAAGUCGCUACCCUCAACAGGGGCUUCGUUGCCGAGGAGUCGGACCGGCUGGACGUGGAAGAGAUAAUCGAGAUGCUGGAGAUGGAAAACCCUAACCCCAAGUCUUGCGAGGGGUUCGAGACGGGGUCGUCUCCUCUCGCCGGACGAUGGCAGCUUCUGUACACGACCUCGCUGGACGUGCUCUCCCUCCAGAUCAACCCGGCGGUGACAGUGGGGAAGAUCUUCCAGCAGAUCGAGUCCGACGGACGGUCCAUUCAGAACAUCAUCGAGCUGCAGCCUCCCUUCGCCGCGGUGAACAAGAUCCUCGGGAGCUCCAUGACCACCCUCACGGCAAGAACUACGUUUUCGUUUUGCGCAAUUUUUUGUGUUGUAGAAAGGUGUACCCCUUCUGGGGUGCGGCUGGCUUGCGACCACGGAAGGCGUCCGCGUCAGUUGGACCAGUACGGACAUGAGAAGGUUAAACUUGAAACAGAGCCGGUUUCCGACUCCCGCAUCAACCUCAAGUUCGUCAGGACUGAGAUCAAGGCGAACUCCCUCUUCGGGAGAGAGCUCGACCUGCCGACUCUUGGCGUCAACAUCCCUUCCGUCGAGAGUCUCGAGAAGCUGAUUCCCAAAGGAGGCGGCAGCAGCGGCGGCGGGAAGGCCUUGAAGGAGAAGGCCGAGGACGCCAAGACGAAGGCCAGGGAGCUGGUAGAGAAGCUCAAGGGCAAGGAGAAAAAGUUCGAGAACGCCGUGGACGGCGAGGAGAAGAAGGAGGACGACGACGAGGGUAACUCGUCGGGUGACGGGGAUGAUGUGGCCGAGGCCGCAGACGCAACGCCGGAGGCGGAGGAGCCGUGCGACAAAGAGGAGGCGUCCCCGUCCCCCGGGGAUGGUGAGAAGGCGUCCCCUGCCCCCGGGGAUGGUGAGGAGUCGUCCCCUCUCGCCUCUUCGCUGCGGACUCCUUACUUCGAGAGCACGUACGUCGACGAGGACCUCAGGGUGGGGCGCACGGGAAGCGGUGACGUGUUUGUAUCCAUCAGAGCUUAACAAAUGUUGGACGCUGUUGGGCCCGUUACAU